CUCCAGCGCAGCGGCUCAGACGCGGUCGCAUCUUCGUGGACGGUAGAGGCGGCAGCGAGCUAGAGUCAGCGUCGCAGCUCGCGGCCACCGAGAGGCCGGGCGAGUCCGAGCGCCGGGACCUGGCCCAGGCUCGGCGGACACCUCAGUGCGCGGCUGGGUCAUGGUAUACUGAAAAGGCACUCAAUCAAGAGAAAUCUGGGGUUAGUUGGAAACCAUCAAGUUAUUGAGGCCACACAGGGGGCAGAAGAGAUAGAGGAAAAAGGGUUUGUCAGAGUUUCUUCCUAAACCUGUCUUAGAAAUAGCAGCAUAUUUUAAUCAGAGAUUUAUGUUACUAUGAGGACAGAUUCACCCAAAAUGACGGAUGUGGAGCCUGUGGUCAGCAAUUUUGCGUCGUCGGCACGGGCCGGUCGCCGAAAUGCCGUCCCGGACAUCCAGGGUUCAGCGGCUGCAGGCGGGACCUCGGAGGAGUUGCCCGUCAAACUGGAAGCCCUAUCCGUGAAGGAAGAUGUGAAAAAGAAAGAUGAAGAAACAGCACAAGAUCAAUUGGAAAAGCCCAAAGAUGAAGGAAAAUGAGGGCUCAUUACCUGUCAAAAGUGCUGAAUUUCUUCACAGUGAAAGACUUGGUGGCCCUGCUUUCCUGAGAUGUUUGAUCUGGUAGUAACUAUGGUAACAUUGCAGCCCUAAGCAACAUGUAUGUAUUAGAUAAUUUUGUUGUGACGCUACUCACUUGGAUUACAACCAUGAUGUCCAAUGUAGGUUAUUAAAAGGCAGAUUACUUCCAAACUGCACCCAGGAGAGAGGUUAAGAGUGCAUGAUCAUUUAAAUACAUAUCUUUUGUCUAUAAACCCAGCUAAAUCCACUGUUCUCUUGGAUUUCUUAAGCCAGAUAUAUUUUAAAUUCCAUUUUUAUGGUAACAGGUAAACCAUUUCUUGGUAAAUAUAAACCAAACACUAGUAAUUUAAAACUGUAUGGGAUUUGUAAGAAAUUGUGUUUUUUUGGUGAGAAAAGUGAUAGAUUAGCCAAAGAAGGAUAGAUAAAAGUAUGUUUUUAUCCAAAUAUGAAGCUUUUCCCCCCAAACUUUAAACAGAUUUGGAAAAAAUAGUAGAAGUUUGACAGCUCAAACAUCUCUAGAAAAUUUUUGUCUGAUGUAUUUUGCUUCUAGUCUAUGCAUACUGUGAUUUUUCAUGUGAACUCUUAAAAUGGAAAAUUUGUGAUGAAUAGUUUAUAUGAAAUAUGCCUAUUAAAUGAAUCUCACUAUCUUCCUUAAUUUCAGUGUGCAUAUGUGUGUGUGUACAUUUUUCUUUAAUGUGAAUUACACAGAACACUUGACUAGUCGCUUUGUACUGUCUUUUCUUAUUUUCAGGGCUUUUGUGUAUAUGAUUUGUUUCUUAAAUAAUUUCCUCAGGAAUGCAGACCUUAAUUUUUAUAUCUUUCCUAAACUAGCUGACAUAAUAGUAAGCACUUAAGUGUUUAGUGAAUGGUACAGGCAGAAAUAGCAAAAUACUUGCUUUUAAUAUAUAUUUAAUUAUAUAUUUUAAAAGGAAUGAAACCAAAACCAAAGCUUUAGUAAAUUUUGAUUUAUUAGAUAUUUUAGGAGAAUCAUGGAAUUCUGAAUUUUUAAAGACAAUCUGACUAAUGGAUUUAUUUUUAUUUUCAGAUCUAUCUGCAUGCAGUAUUUUAUUUGAUUGUUGACUUAGGCCACGUCUGUAUACAGUAAUCAAAUAAACUCUUUCACUAUUAAAGAAACUUA